CCGACUUCCCUUAUCUACAUUGUUCUAUCAACUAGAGGCUGUUCACCUUGGAGACCUGCUGCGGUUAUGAGUACGACCUGGCGUGAAAACUAUUCCUUCCCGCGGAUUUUCAAGGGUCGUCGGGGGCGCACCGGACCCUGCAAAGGUGCAGGGCUCUGCCAGCCAUGGAACCCUAGCUCCGGACAAACCGAUUUCAGGGACCCCGCCGACGUCUCCGCGUUCAGUUACGUUGCCGUGGAGAAUCCACAUCCAGGUGCCGGAAUGUUAACCGGCUUCCCUUUCGGCACACGGCGCACGAGGGCGCCUUUCAAACGGAACUUCCCUAUGCCUUAG